AUGUUAUCUUCAUUACUGCGACCAAAGAAAUCUCGACGACGCGUUCAAGAAAUUCAUUCUCCUUUCUCAUCACCAUAUGUUGAUCAGCCUUCUCCAGCUGCAGGUAGGAGAGAACGCUUGCCUCGACAUGCAUCCGCAGAUUUCACGGAAACGGAAAUAGAAGAAGAUACAGAGGAAGAGAUUGCGGUAGAAAAUGAUGCGGAAGAUGAGGAAGAAGAGGGUGAUGGGGACGAAUUAGAGGAAGAAGAUGGUGAUGAUGAUCAACCUCUUUUACCUAUUUUCUCUGCUGCACAUCUAGAUUCACUUCCAGUAUAUAACCUCACUCAUGCUAUUCGACUUAUCAUACUUCCGCGGACGGAAACUACAUUGACCUGGGAUCAAUUACGAUCACCACAAGUUUCCCAGUUUUUAGUAAAGCCUAUGCAACAACAAAUUCGAACCUCCCACUUUUCACGAGCUACUUUAUAUGCAUUGAUGGCAAAUUGUUUACAGUUUCGAAAGGAGAGUCAAGCAAACCCAGGGAACGCAGGAAAUAGUUUGACGAGAGCUCUGGUUUGUGAGCUUCUAGCUAUCAAACUAUUGAAGGAAUAUAAUACUAGAGAGUUGAUAGAUGCUCUUUCUUACGAUUUCUUCCCACUGCAAGGAUUAGCUGAACCAGAUCCAACUAUCACGAACUGGAAUCAAAGGAAUCGUACAAGACCAGUUGCUGCCAGAAUAUCAACAUUGGAAGUAGCUAUUAGAGCAUCUGCGAAACGAUUAUUGGCACAUCCACUUGUGGUUCAACAACUAGAAGCGAUUUGGGCUGGAACGAUCGUAUUUCAUUCUGCGGCGGAUAAUCUUCAUCGUACAUCGAUAAAUCGAACAGGAUACAAGAAACAAAGUCGAAGCAAUGGAAGUGCGGUUCCAUUACUUACUCGUGAACAACUUCAAUAUGGGGCAAUAGUUGGUCCUCAGAAUCCCCCUAAUAAAGAGCCAGAAACUUUACAGACCAUUCAAACUUUGACCAGGAGAACGGUUACUUUAUAUGACCCAAGAGAUGCAUCUCUAUUCAAACUUUCUAGGUUGAGAGUACCACGCUAUCGACAAUUCUUCUCCACCUGCUCACUCGCUAUUCUGCUCGGACUAUUUUUGGCUGUUCUUAGUCAAAGAUCAACCGAUAUCACUGGUCUGGAAGUCAUAUUUUGGUUCUGGAGUGCAGGAUUCAUGCUUGACGAAGUGGUUGGGUUUAAUGAACAAGGAUUCUCAUUAUACAUCAUGAGUUUUUGGAAUGCAUUCGACUUGGGUAUUCUCGUUUUACUCACAAUUUACUACUGCAUGCGCUUAUAUGGUAUCUUCUUGGUGGACUAUGGAAGAGAUGAGUGGAAUAGUAUGGCAUAUGAUGUUCUUGCAACCAAUGCAAUUCUACUCUUCCCUCGAUUAUUCAGCGUUCUCGAUCAUUACAGAUAUUUCUCACAACUACUGAUCGCAUUCAGAUUGAUGGCUAUCGAUCUUGUGGCGGUCUUUGUACUAAUUUUGAUAGCCUGUAGUGGGUUUUUCGUUGCAUUCACUCUAUCAUUUGGGAAAAGCGAGUAUGAUGCGGCAGGAGUUGCCUACAAGAUCUUUCAGAUACUCAUGGGCUUUACACCUGCAGCAUGGGAAGCUUGGGAGACCUAUAAUUUCUUAGGGAAAGCAUUGCUUGUGCUUUUCCUAUUCAUUUGUCACUUCCUCGUUAUCACCAUUCUCAUUACAGUCUUAACAAAUUCCUUCAUGUCAAUUGUCUCAAACGCCAACGAAGAACAUCAAUUCGUUUUCGCUGUCAACACAAUUUCCAUGGUUAAGAAUGAUGCUCUAUUCUCUUAUGUGGCACCCACCAACAUUGUCGCAUGGGUCCUCACACCUUUUAGAUUCGUUUUUUCGUUUAGGACAUUCAUCAAGAUGAAUCGUACUGUUAUCAAAAUUACCCAUUUCCCAUUACUAUUCAGUAUAUGCGCCUACGAAAAGAUAUUCCUAGCAAGGUCGGUCUUCGAACCUACAGACCUGGUUGAGAAAGUUGGACUGAGAACAAAACGAACAAUAUCAUUUCAAGAUCAUAGACAUGGACUCUUUAGUCCCAAUUUACGAAGGCACGAAUCUUCUGUUGCUGGGUUUCAAAAGGAUAGAGCUCUUGAUGAGGUAUUCAGAUUAGCACCUAGAGAUACUCUUGGGAGAUAUCGACCUAGCUUUGAUCGUCGUCAAACUCAUAAUGUCAUCAAUAAUUGGAUGGAUCGUCAAGGGGACGUCGCUAGUCCACCACAAGAACAGGAUCCCACGAUAUUGGAACGACUUGAGAUGCGAAGGCAAUCGAGAAAGGCUACUUUGAUGAGACAUCGUGGAAUUAGUCGUGAGAUUUCUGGAAAUAGAUCUGUGGCAAGUGAUCCAGCAGAAUUCAUGUCUACAGGAUUUCAUGAUAUGACUCGAAUUUCAGAUGAGGAAUUACAUCCAAACUCUUUCGGGGGAGGUCAUACAGACGCGGAUGGAGAUGAUGAAUUGUUGACAAAUGACGAAGACGAAGUGCAUACGGAAGAUAAGCGUACAGCGACAAACCUCAGCCAAAGUGGUGCCGAAUCCGAAGAAGAUUACUUUCAGACUCCAACUGCAACUAGAUUUGUUUCUCCGACAGCAUUCAAUGCACAAAAAGAUUAUGACGAACAAAAUGAUUCGCCCUCAAAGCAACCCAAAGCUACACUUAAGAAGAAAUCACACGAUAGGAAUUUAUCUACGACAACAAUACUUUUCAAUCCUCUGGCUCACAAUCUCUCCAAUUCAUCCAUUUCACCUCCUCGUUCACGACCAUUAACAGCAAAAAUGUAUUCACAAGCUAAUACUGGAGCCAAUACUCCGGCAGGUCCAUCGGGAUCUCGUACUCCAAAAACGGCCAAUUUCGCAAAUACGACUACUCGGCCACGACCCAUCGUACCUAAUCGUGCAAACUUUCAGUCCGUUCCAAUCAUCAAUAAACCAGACCCUGCCCGCAAUCGCCUUUUGCGUCACAAAGAUUCUAGUUUGAACAUCAGUUUGUCUGAAAUGGGUCUUGACCAUGCUCAACUUGGCGCAGUACCUAGUUCAUUUCAAACUCAAAUGGCUAUUGCUACAAAGAUGGCGAUGGAACGUGGUAAAAAAGAUGAAACUGCAGAUGGUAUGAUGGGAAGAUUGAUGUUGGCAAGAAUGAAGACUCUCGAGGAAGGGUUUGCCGAAGUUGUCAAGGAGUUUAGAGGAAUGCGCACAGCUGGAAAUUCCUCGGUCGAAAAUGAACCUUCGAUUGGAAAGAGGAGAGAAGGAAAGGGGGAUAAGAAGAAGAAACGACCUGGCAGUGGCAACCUUUCACAAACCAAAAGUGAAAUUAAUGUUGAGGGACUGAGGAUGACAAGUUCAAAGGGGAAAGAAAGGGGAUAUUUUGAUAAUGAUCAUGGUGGUGGUAAUACUCCGAUUGCUGGGCUCGACGUUGGAGGGGUUACGAGUCAAGGGACGAGCGAGUAUAAGACACCAUAUGAAACACCAGAGGCCGGUAUCAUUUCACAGUAUCUGACCAAGGGAAAUUCCUUGUGA